AACUCAUAGAACAGAUAUUAGCAGGGGAAAGCGUCUGUCACGGACCUCGUUGAAUGAUCUAGCAUCAGAUAUCAGCUGUGCUGUGCGAUCUCCAAGUUUAAGAAGUUGAUCAAAAAUAGCAAUAGAAAGCCCGGCAAUUCCAAUGGCAUCGGCCAUAUUGUGAUGUUAGGUUUGUCCUGGUUCGUCUUGGAGUUGCCGUCCACCGUAUGCGUCUGCGACUUUGUGGCGGGGAGUGCUGUCGUAGUUCCAUUUUGGCCCCCACGGAUGAGUCGCAUCCCCGCAUGCACGUUCAGCCGCAUCUGGCUUUCGGCAGGCCGCGAGGCUGCAAUCCUUUACACAGUGGCUAUCCUGCCAGUCUGUCGUUACAAUCUCCAUGAUAUCGCAGAGUUCGGGGAUGCCUUUUGCACGCAUCGAUGGCGUCGCUCGACGGCAUUUCCUUCGACAUCGAGACGAGACCAAUCUCGCGGACCAUCCUCUCUAGUGUUGGUGGCUUCUCGCAGUCUGCCCGGCAAAACAUCCGAUCGCUUCAAGACCUACUCGCUACGAUCCAGCGCUUCAAUCUCCAAGUAUUCGACUCGCGAUCACUACAGCACAAGGAUUACGUUGGGGAGGGUGUUUCUUACAGAGUGUCUUCCUGUUGGCAUGAAGCGAACGACAGGGUGUAUGCAAGGAAAGACGUCAAGCUUCCGCCGAAAACCGCCGAUGCGGGAGCAUUCGACCGCCAGGUCGCAUGUGUGUUACGCGAUGUUGAGGUCAUGUAUGGUUUGGCCCAGCGCCCGAAUAUCCUUGACAUUUUUGGAUACGGCUGGGACAUCGAGAGCGGCAAUGUCAUACCUUUCCUACUCACGGAAUUUGCGGAGGCCGGGACAAUGCGGCAGUUCUUGAGGAGGAACGAAAUUAGUCUGCAUGAGAAGUUGCUUUUCUGCAAAGACGUAGCUCAAGGACUGCAUGCAAUUCACGUCGCCGGCAUUGCUCAUGGAGACUUGAAAUUGGACAAUAUCCUUAUGAAGCCCUACACGAACUUGGGUACCAGUCAUAAUUCAGAGCAUGAGGUCCUCAGAACUAGUCUCAUGCAGGCCUGCAUAUCUGACUUUGGCCAUUCGUUGCACUUGUACGAUGAUGAAGAGGAUAAUACAGUGAAACAGCGCUAUGGUGGUACAUUAGCCUACAAUGCUCCCGAACUGCUGGACAAGACUCACUCGAGAACCGACAUAAAUUUUCGCAAGUGCGAUAUUUGGUCCUUGGGAUUGACCUGUUGGGAGAUCAUUCUCGGUGGACAAGCAUACUACCACACAGCCAAUGUCGAGCGCAUCAUCCUUUCGUCUCCCAAAGGCCCAGCAUCUUUGCCUACUCCACCGGCUUCGAACACUGGCAGUCAAUCCUCUUCUGCCAGCUUGCUCGAAGAACUCAUCAACGUCACUCCCCACUUAGCCAUGGUUGCCUCUGGAGAUGUUAGUGAGCGAGCUGGGGUCUUCAUAAGCCAAGCAGCAGUUUUUCGCCUUUGCCGAGUGUUCAGAUGGUGUCUGUGUGUGGAUCCCGCUCAGAGAAUUGCUGAUAUUCCUCUCCUUCCAAUUUUUCAUGGCAUACCAACUCUACAACGCCGCUUAAGAUAGAAACUCAGUCAGGCACUUCGUGGUCGUUCAAACUAUUCGAAGUUGCGAAUGAUAUCCCUAGCGAAGUCAAAAAACAGAUCGCAAGUGAUUGUCAAAAAAUCGCCAACGAACCCGGUAACUCCAUUGGCUCGGCAAGAGCCUCAUUCCAGUUGGGUCUUGCGUAUAUUUCUGGGUUUGGUCUUGUCCAAGAUCCCUCUGAAGCCUUGAAGUGGUUCGCACAGAGCUCGGAGAAGGGUCUGAAUCUGGCCCGUCAUUAUUUGCCAGCUC